AUGGUAUUUCUGGCACCACUAUCAAUUCUUUCCUAUUACCGUACAAUGUCACUUAUGGUACUAAUUUCAAAAGUGAUAGUAUGUCUGCGAUUCCAAAUCUUAACAGCCUGGCCACACAGUUUACAGUUGAUGAAUCAAUAUUCAAAUAUUGAGAUAAGUGUUAUAACAACAGUGUUCAUUGCGACAGAGUCGAAUGCCUCUAGUAAACGACGACGUGAAACUCGAUCCACGAACGAACAAUGUGAAGUAAAUCCAAACACAACGGGUGAUUUGCUGUUUGUUGCAUUUAUCGUCAAGCCUCGAUUUUCGUGCCUUCUCAACAGCUGCCGAAAGAACUUCAACGAAACAUUCGAAAAAGUCACUGCGAUUAUGCGUUCACAGACAGUAAUACUACUAACUUUGGCUAAUGGAUCGACAAUUAUGACAGGGGCAGUUUUCUGUUCCACUGGACAGGUUAAGCCAGUUGAAAUAACGACUAUAGUCUCUACAACUAAAGCUACAACCACAACGAUAACCACAACGACAACCACAACGACAACCACAACGACAACCAUAACGAUAACCACAACGACAACCACAACGACAACCACAACGACAACCACAACGACAACCACAACGACAACCACAACGACAACCACAACGACAGUUGUUACCAAUUUCGCGAGUCUUCUCGUUCAAUUCGCAGGCUGUCAUGCGAUUCAGGCUAGUUGCACAACAGCUACUGAGUGUUGUGGAAAUGCUGCUGGAUCAACCUGUCUAAGUGCCACUUGCUGCAUACAAGACGGUAGUCCAUGUACAAGUGCUUCAGACUGUUGUAGCGGAACUUGCGGCACUGGAAAUUGCAUUCCGUGUUUCCAUGGUGAUGAAUAUGUCUUAAUGGCCGAUGGGAGAGAAAAACAAAUAAAACACGUCCGAAUGGGUGAUCGAGUGAAGACAAUUGUUGAUGACAGUCAGUCAAAAGUUUAUAAAUUGGGCGAAGAUGAAGUGCUUGUGCGUCUUCACCAUGAACCAAAUAUGACAGCUAACUUUUUGAUAAUUAUAACCGAGUCUGGACAUCGACUAACAUUGAGUCCUGAUCAUUUUGUUCGUAUAUUCAAUGGCAAUGAGAGCAAUAAUGAACCCUAUAUCACAGCGGGUCAGCUCACCAAUGGUCAGCUUGUUGCAGUAGUUAUGGGCUUUCCAGAUCAUCAGAACUAUUCGGUGAUCUACUCGCCCAUCGUUUCAAUCACGCAAUCCAAACUCGUUGGCGUUUACAAUGUCUUAACGUACAGUGGUAUCAUUAUUGUCAGUCGAGUGGUCGCUUCAUGUUUUACUGAUCGUCGUGGAACACAUGAGAAUGCGCAGAGACGUUACUUCAUUGUUCGUCUCAUGAAGCAUGUAGCAUCAAUAUUUCACUACAACAUUUAUACAGAUGAGUUUUACGGAGAACAUUAUGUGGUUACGAGUCGUCUAAUUGAUUUCAUACACAUAAUCAUAACUGCCAUUCUUCAUUGUACCUCGGUUAUGUACCGUACUGGUGUUCCAUUAAUGAUCACCAUUGUAUUGGUUUGGCUGGCAAAUCAAAGAAUGUACCAUUUUAAUUUUGGAUUCCUUCGUCGGUGGUUGAAAUUCCGUGGUUGA